GAAUUAGAUAUAUUAACACUAACUUUACCAGGCCAUUAUCAGGCCAACAUAGAUCAAUUUCUCAAUUUUUGUUAAUAUAACAUGUUUUGUUAAUAUUACGUAACGAAAUUAGACGAACAAAAGAAAUAAUAAUGAAUGUAGAACUUGAAAUUAGAUUUUGAAACCAUUUCAUCGGGCCUGGUAACGUUAGUGCUAGUAGAAUGUCUUACCGAUUAAUUUAAAGUUUCGAUGCGUUGAACUUCUUUAAUACCAGUUUUAGCUAAUUGUAAGAUCUGUGUCCAUCGACGUUCACAUGUAUUUUUCUGUUUGCGUCACUUACAGUAUAUUUCGCGACAUUUCUAUACACGUUUGUAAUAGCACUUUUGGUCCUUUCGAGUGGCAACGUAAGAAGAUCGCUUCAGAAAUAGGGACGUGCACUGCAACUUCGUGUAGAUAUAUAAACAGGUAUUUGUAUAACUGAAUAUACACACGACUUUAUGCACGUAUACAAUUCUUUUUCGAAGAACGUUUUCUUACUUUCCCUGUUGCGUGAUAACUACCCUUUGCACCUGUCUAACACGGUACGUACUCUUAAUGUAUAAUGCAACCAAUAAUGAUUAGCGUUAAGUCAGCUAGCAGCGCGUUACUGUAAAGAAAAUCGCAAACCGGUGGAACAUAUUCUUGGAUGUAAUAAUUUAUUGAAUUUCUCGUACGUCUACAGUAAUUAUAUUCAAGUAACAUCUGUGAAUACUCAGUUGCUUUCAAAGCACUUUGGUUACAUAUAUUCUCGAUAGUUUGUAAUAUAUCACACCAUCGUGUCGGUUCUAUCUACUUCGUUGGAUUCAUAAGGCAACCAAUUUAUAUAGUUAUGUUGAAACAAAUAACAGCAGAGAAAGUUAUACAUAUUACUUGGCUCAGCGUAGUGAUAAGCCUUUGUUGGCCACUUCCUAUCAAUAGCAACAGAAAUAAAAUCUUUUGUUUCAAGAUUCUACAAAUCUGUAGCGGUAUUAGUGGCUGUUUGCUAUUUAUGCCAAUAUUAUAUUCGAUUUAUUUGCACUUAAAUGAUAUCGUCAUUACUUCUUCCUGUAUGUGCCUUUUAUUAGGAGUGUCUCAAAAUAUUUUCCAGACUCUUAUAUGCUUCAUCAAGCACGAUUCUCUACAGCGUACAGUCGAGGAAAUGAUGACUUAUGUUAAAGAAGCACAACAAUACGAGAAAAAAAUUUUCUACAAGUACAUCAAGAAAUGCUAUGUUUUCUGCGGUGGUUCCAUGGCAUGUACGUAUGUGACAGCGACUUGUUUUUCGUUACGACCUAUAAUCUUGCCAGUUUCUCUCCCAUUUGAUGCGGAGUAUCCAUUUCCUAUCAAUUAUACAUCAAUGUAUAUUAUCAUAUAUAUGCACCAUGCUUGCCUUUGUAUUCAAACCGCUGCACACGUAUGCGUAAGCUCAUUUGGGGCGCUUUUACUUUGGUUUACGGUAGCGAGAUUUGAGUGUUUAGCCGCGGAAUUGGAGAGGAGCACAGACUUCGAUGCGUUGGUUGUUUGCAAUGUACCUCUAUUUGUGAAACUACAGUUUAUAGGCGUAUGUGUCACUGUACUUAUGGAAAUUUACUUAUACGCGUGGCCAGCUGAUUAUUUGAAAGAUAUGAGUAUGGACGCUCCACAAAGUAUAUAUAACUCAACAUGGUAUGAACAGAAAUUGAGAAUGCAGAAAAGUCUACUGAAUGUGUUAAUAUAUCGACAACCGCUAACGCUUUCAAUCGCAUGCAUAGUGCCAGAGCUCUCUUUGCGUUACUACUGUUCGUACCUGUCCAAUGCCUUCUCCAUGUUCACUACUUUGCGCGUUAUGAUACACAAUUAAUCCAGGAUGGAUGUGUUCUGAAUGUGGUUCUAUUCGUAUAAAGGAACAUUCGUUGUAAUAAUCGUGAUUAAUGUUACUAAAUUUUAUAACUAAUUGUGUAAUAACAUCGUAUUUUAUGGAUAUAACACACAAAUAUAUGUACGAAUAAAAACUAUUAUCAAAGUAUAAUUAUGAAACCUA